AUUCGGAGACACGGGGCGUCGGCGCGCGUCGCCCGGCGCGGGAUUCCUCUCACGCAGACUCCCAUUCAAAAGAUGCCGAAGGGGCGGCGCGGCAGCCAGAACCCCAAGAUGAGCCAGCGGCCGGCCCCGCCCCUCUACUUCCCGUCGCUCUACGACCGGGGCAUCUCGUCGUCUCCGCUGAGCGAUUUUAACAUCUGGAAGAAGCUCUUCGUGCCGCUAAAGGCGGGCGGGGCGCCGGCGGGCGCGGUGGCGGCGGUAGCGGGGGUCCGACCCCUGCCUCUGGCAGCCCCCGCCACGGUGCCGCCGCCGCCGCCUGGCCUGGGUCCCCCCAGCGAGCGCCCGUGCCCUCCGCCUUGGCCGUCCGGCCUGGCCUCUAUACCUUACGAGCCUCUGCGCUUCUUCUACUCGCCGCCGCCAGGGCCCGAGAUGGCAACUGCAGCCCUGGUCCCCGGCUCCACGACCCCCUGGCUCGCCUCCGCCUCCCACCCCGAGGAGCUGUGCGAGCUAGAGAUCCGGAUUAAGGAGCUGGAGCUGCUCACCAUCACUGGAGACGGCUUCGACUCCCAGCGCUAUAAGUUCCUGAAGGCGCUGAAAGAUGAAAAGUUACAAGGACUGAAGACGACCAGGCAACCUGGAAAGUCGGCCUCCGUCUCCUGAGGAGCUGCCCCCCAGAGCUGGGCAGCCACCUCCUUAGAUGUUAGUGCUUAGAUAAUGUGUCCUUUUGUUGUCAUUUCAAAGAUGGUUAUUUUCUGUUCUGUAGUUACUACUGUUAUUGUUGCUCCAGCACGUACUUCACAUACAGUUGCCCGCUUGCAUAGUAAACCUCAUGGCCUCUC